AUGGCGGUCAGGUGGGAGGGCGGCCACUCCGCCUCCGUGCUGUGCCUCGCCGCCGGCAGCGAGGGGCCCGCGGCCUCGGGGGGCGAGCGCGGCGAGCUGGCGCUGUGGGGGCGGGACGGCGUCCCCGCGGGGCGGCUGCGGCUGGCCCCCGCCGAGGACGACGUGGCGGCGCUGGCGUUCUCCCCGCGCCGUCCGCACCGCCUGUACGCCGCGCACGGGCCGGCCGUCGCGCUGCUGGACGUGCGGGCGCUGCGGGAGCCCGUGGAGCGUCUCCGCUUCAACGAGGACGAGAUCAACUGCCUGGCCGUCGCCGACGGCGGGGACCUGCUGGCCGCGGCAGACGACUCCGGGGCCGUCAAGGUCGUAGAUCUGCAGAGCGAGAAAGUCGUCCGUUCCCUGAGGCACGCCAACAUCUGCUCCUCCGUCGCCUUUCGGCCGCGGAGGCCGCAGAGCCUCGUCUCGUGCGGACUGGACAUGCAGGUUAUGCUGUGGAACCUGCAGAAAGCUCGCCCCCUGUGGACCACGAACUUGCAGGAGUGUGGAACAGAAGAAGACAGUCUGCAGUCAGCCAGCCAGCUCUUUAACCCCCCACUUGCACAUUCCCUGUCUGUCGCAUCGUGCGGCAACAUCUUUGGCUGCGGAGCUCAAGAUGGUAAAGUCAGAAUAUUCCGAGUGACUGGUCUCAAAUUUGAACGUGAGCUGGAGUUUAAAGGUCAUAGUUUAGGAGUAUCACAAGUCCUCUUCAUGCCGGAAUCAUACUGGUUGUUGACUGGGGGAAACGAUGGGAAAGUCUUGCUCUGGGAUGUCAGUAAUGACAUUGGAAAGCAGCAGAAAAGUCCAGCAAAGUCGCUCCAUAAAAGGAAGGGCCAAGCAGCUGCCACUGCCAGAAAAGAUGGAAAGCUCAACAAAGUGGCUUCAAAUGAACACGCUAGAAUUUUACCAAAGCUAACCAUUGAGCAUGGAGAGAAGGUGAACUGGAUCACGUGCACAGAGAUCAAAGGCUCCAGGAGAGUAUUAGUUGCUGAUCAGAGUAGUUCCAUAUCUGUUUAUCCGUUGCCAGAGUCUUAGGUGCUGAAACAAAUUUGUGGGGAAGAAUCAUUUCUCCACAUUCGAAAUAUGAUUCCAAUUAAAUCUGUUGGCAGUGAACUGAACGAGGCCUCCUGCAUUCUCAGGAAUGGCAAGGGAUUCGCUGUGUUCUCACACAGAUCUCACAAUGCCAUUGGCCUGGUGUGACAUUUUUACAGCUGGUAGUGCUCACUGCAGCUGUUGCUUGUAGGCUGGCAAUGAGUUCAUAACUGUCCUGACAUAACUGAAGUUGCAGGAAUAAAAUUAACAGGGAAUUCCUCUGUGCUUAAUGAGGAUGCUGACCAGUAAUAGAGAUGUAACUGAGUUCCUUCAGUUUCACACAAUUUCAGUGCUUUAUUUUACUUUCCCUAUUAAACUGUCCCACAGUCAGCUUGAGCUGGCUUUCUUGGAAGUACGGUUUUCAUUAUUUUGCAUAUGGGACUAGAGGAGCCUUAACUUACUAGCAAGCAGUCAGAUUACUAGUCAUUGUCAACUGGAUUUUUUUCACGCUGCAGUAAUAAAGAAGAUGGGGAAAAUGUUAGCAUCUGCCUAGUGGGUCAGCUGUCAUCUGCAUUUAGCUGUUUUUCCCAGAGAGAAAAAUUACAGCUACAUUUGUCUUAAUAAAAUGCUUUCUCUCACUGC